UACACUGGAUAUCUUAAACGGGAUCGAGACCGAACACCGCCCCCGACACCAGCCACACUGAUCAUGUUUCCAAACAGCCAAUAUUUUUUUGAAUUCGCUUCGCCGUUUAUAAACCCGCUCUUCGAUUUAGGCUUUUAGCCAGUAAUUUUUGAACAGCGAGUCGCUCUGCAUUCUUCGUUUCCCUUCCAUUUUCUUCUUACUCUCUAGUGUCGCUCAUCCUCUGCGUUCGUAUAUUUGGGGAUUUUUUAUACGAAGGGUAGCAAAAAGAAACAAUGGCAAGCCAUGGCACUCGGGGGCAGCUAAUCAUUCCGAAUGAAAAUCUGGACUUUCACCACAAAAAGGACGUUUUAGAUGGAAAAAUGAAGAAUACAAAAACAGCUAAAAAGAAAGGAGGAUUAGGGCAUGGAAGUCGUAAAGCUCUCAAUGACAUAACAAACAAAUCGUCCCUUCGUCAUGAAGCAUCCUCGAAGAAAAUUAAUAUAGCAAAAGAGGAACUUAAUAUAGCCGAAGAAAUGUUUUUGCAUGAUCACAGAAAGUGCAUCAAGGCACAAAAAAGUGCACUGAAUACAUUUUACCUGGACUUGGUUCUUCCAGGACAAGAUUCUGUAUGUAACGCUGAAUGCCAAGAGUUUAAACAAGAAAAGACUGAUCUUGAUAGUCAGCGCUGCUACUCUGAGCCAGUAGAGUUACCCAUAUCCGAAUUUUCUGAUCGGUUAGCAUCUUCAACAGAUUUGACUUCUCCUCCAAGUUCUCCAAUCCAAUGGGACUCUCCACCACCCUCCCCUGUUGCAUGGAAUUCCGAGGUGGUUGAAUUCACUCUGAAGCCAGAAAUUGAUGUUUGAAUGUUAUUUCUAUUUCAAUCAAAUAGUUGUACUCAAUCUCACAUUACAUGCUACUGAUUCCACCGGUUUUUCAUGUGCUUUAUAUUACUGAAUUGUUCAAGAGAA